UCAUUCGGAGGCGACGGCGGUCGUCUGUCUGUGUCUCUGCUCGGAAAUUGAGAUAAAAUUAAAUAAAUAAUAAUAAAAAAAAAACAACAACAACGGAGAAAUUUCAACACACAUCUCGAUUUAACAUCGAGACAAAUCAUCCGGAGGAGGGAGGGUGAGAUGACGACGCGGUAAUGGUGAUAAAAACCCGGCUGGAAACGUUAGUUUUGAAGAAAGACUGAAGGAUUUGUUUUUUUUUUUUUUUUUCGUAGAGGGAGCCAUUUUGUCCCGAACUGUGUGGGAGAAGAGAGAGAGAGAGACAGAGAGAGAGAGAAAGAGAAAGGAAAGAAGGAGAAAAGAACAAAAAGGUGGAUUAUUUUAGGGUUUCAAGACAAAGAUCUAUCCGGACACACACAAAAAAAACCACCACCACACAGUUUAUAAACAAAAACAACAACAAAAACAGCAGCGACUUUUUAGCUCGCGCUACAGAAAACUAGCCAAGCUAAGCUAACGUUAGCUUAGCUUCAAGCUAAACCAGCAAGAAUUCGCUGCCCGGCAGCAACAACCGUCUGAUUUGUUGUUGUAGUAGCAGUGUGGUGGUGUUGUUGCUGUUAUCUGGAUCCUCUUUUCUCCUCUCUGUAGUGUUAAUUCAUUAUUAAAACAGCAACAACAUGGCGAAGAAGACGUACGACCUGCUGUUUAAGCUUCUCCUGAUAGGAGACUCCGGUGUGGGGAAAACCUGCGUGUUGUUCCGCUUCUCAGACGACGCCUUUAACACCACCUUUAUCUCCACCAUAGGAAUCGAUUUUAAGAUCAAAACAGUCGAACUGCAAGGAAAGAAGAUAAAGCUACAGAUAUGGGACACGGCAGGUCAGGAGCGGUUCCACACCAUCACCACCUCCUACUACAGAGGAGCCAUGGGCAUCAUGCUCGUCUACGACAUCAGCAACGCCAAGAGCUUCGAGAACAUCAGCAAGUGGCUCAGGAACAUCGACGAGCAUGCCAACGAGGAUGUGGAGAGAAUGCUGCUAGGCAACAAGUGUGAUAUGGAGGACAAACGGGUCGUACCAAAGGCCAAGGGAGAACAGAUUGCCAGGGAACAUGGAAUCCGUUUCUUUGAGACGAGUGCGAAAGCCAACAUCAACAUCGAGAAGGCCUUCCUCACGUUAGCAGAAGACAUCCUCAGAAAGACACCUGUAAAAGAGCCCAACAGUGAAAACGUCGACAUCAGCUCCGGAGGCGGAGUCACAGGAUGGAAGACCAAGUGUUGCAGUUGAACAGUCCAUCACACACACACAUUCACGAGCACGUGUCCACACACACACACACACACACACGCACACAUACACACACGCACGCACGCACACAUACACGCCUACACAUGCAGUUUCCUCUCUUCUGUCUCUUCAUCUCACUUACACUCAUUUCCUCCUACUUUGUAUCUAACUCUUCCUCCUGUUGCACUCUUUCACCAUUUCUCUCUCUCUCUCUCCCUCUCUCAUUCGAUCUCCCACAUUUCCCUCUCUCCCUCCCUCUCUCUCUCUCUCUCUCUCUCUCUCUCUCUAUCUCUCUAUCUCUCUAAUCUUUCCUGCGUUUUUUCGCUCACAUCUGCUUGCUGACAGUUUUUAUUUCUGAUGACGAAAGACAGUUGUAUAGAUAAAAAGAGAAAUCAUG